GCUGUUUCGGGCUUGUUGUCAGUGGACGCGAGGGGGCGGGGGUAGUACUGAGUUUUAUGUGGCCGUGGACCCGGCGGAGGCGCGGAGGUGAGCGGCUCGGAGCGUCCGUUGCAGACCAUAAGCUUGUUCAUCCGAGCCCUCAGCGGUCGGUCCGGGGCGUGGACGGAACCUGCCCGGCCUCGGUCCUCCCGCGUCAGAGCUGCGGAACGAUAGGAACCCUCUCCCCGGGUCCCUCUGCCCAGGCUCGGAGGCCGCUCCCUGCGAGGGACCAAGCCCCGGACCCUCCUUCUGUGGGGCGCGGGGCUUCUCCUGGGUGGGCGCAAGUUGAAGCAGCAGAGAGACCCUGACAGCUCGGUUCUCUCCCCUGCAGCCUGCACGGAACAGCGCGGGAUGGCCACCAGGAUCCGGACAGCUUCGUGUUGGGGAUUAUUGUCAUUCAAGGAUAUAUCUAUGGACUUCACCUUGGAAGAAUGGCAGUUACUGGAUUCUGCGCAGAAGUACCUGUACAGGGACGUGAUACUGGAAAACUACCACAACCUGGUGUCUGUGGGGUAUCGAGGUACUAAACCUGAUUUAAUCUUCAAGUUGGAGCAAGGAGAAGAGCCAUGGAUAAUAAAUGCCAAAAUUUCUCGUAAGAGCUGUCCAGAAGGUUGGAAAGAAUGGUACCAGAAGAAUCAAGACGAGCUUGAAAGUGUUGAGAAAAACUAUGCUUGUAACGUAUUUGGAAAACUUCAUCUGAGCAAAACCCAUGUUUCUUCAAGACAAAGACUCCAUAAGUAUAAUACGCUUGGAAAAAGCUUGACACAAAACUCAGGUUUAAGCAGAAACUAUCUAAGAAAGAAUCCUGAUAAGUUUCAUGGAUAUGAACAAUCAUAUUUUCUUAAAUAUCAAAGAGCUCACAGUAUAGAAAAGAAUUGUGUAUGUGGUGAAUGUGGGAAAGCUUUUCGUUGCAAAUCGCAGCUCAUUGUACAUCUCAGAAUUCAUACAGGAGAGAGACCUUAUGAAUGCACUAAGUGUGAAAGAGCCUUCAGUGCCAAGUCAAACCUUAAUGCUCAUCAGAGAGUUCAUACAGGAGAAAAACCCUACUCAUGUAGUGAAUGUGGGAAAGUCUUCUCUUUCCGGUCACAGCUCAUUGUCCAUCAGGAAAUUCACACAGGAGGGAAACCUUAUGGUUGCAGUGAAUGUGGGAAAGCCUACAGCUGGAAGUCACAGCUUAUUUUACACCAGAGAAGUCAUACAGGAGUGAAACCCUAUGAAUGCAGUGAAUGUGGGAAAGCCUUUAGUUUGAAGUCACCAUUUGUUGUACACCAGAGAACUCACACAGGAGUGAAACCCCAUAAAUGCAACGAAUGUGGGAAAGCCUUUAGGAGUAAGUCAUACCUCCUUGUUCACAUCAGAAUGCAUACAGGAGAGAAACCCUAUCAAUGCAGUGAUUGUGGGAAAGCCUUCAAUAUGAAGACACAGCUUGUUGUACACCAGGGAAUUCACACAGGAAACAAUCCUUACCAAUGCAGUGAGUGUGGGAAGGCCUUCGGGAGGAAGGAGCAGCUCACUGCACAUCUCAGAGCUCACGCAGGAGAGAAACCCUAUGGAUGCAGUGACUGUGGGAAGGCUUUCAGCAGCAAAUCAUACCUCGUUAUACACAGGAGAACACACACAGGAGAGAGGCCCUAUGAAUGCAGUUUCUGUGAGCGAGCCUUUUGUGGGAAGUCACAGCUAAUUAUACAUCAGAGAACUCACUCAUCAGAGAAGCCCUAUGAGUGCAGUGAAUGUGAGAAAGCCUAUCCUAGGAAGGCAUCUCUCCAGAUACACCAGAAAACUCAUUCAGGAGAGAAGCCUUUUAAAUGCAGUGAGUGUGGAAAAGCCUUCACUCAGAAGUCAUCUCUCAGUGAACAUCAAAGAGUUCAUACAGGAGAGAAACCAUGGAAAUGUUCUGAAUGUGGGAAAUCCUUCUGUUGGAAUUCAGGGCUCCGUAUCCAUCGAAAAACUCACAAGUGAAAUUAGAAUCAAGUAAUUUCUUGAUGUUAGCAUUCAAAUAAAACUUGAUCCUUAGGACACUUCAGGUGAUAAUAUAGACAGGAUAUAUAAGCAGGAAGUUCUAAAAAUAUACUCAUCAAAUAAGUCAUAUAGGAGAAAAACCAAUCAUUUUGGAUGAAUGUGCAAAAUUUUUAGAAAACAGUUGUAUACAGACUUUAUAGAAGAGAAUACUUGAAGGAAUUGAGCAGUAACUGUAUCAAAUGUGGUGGCAUCAUUAUGAAGAUUUAAUUUGGAGAAUUCAUACUGAGAAUACUAUAAAUUUAAUAAAUUGGGAAAGCAUUUUCCCAUAGAAAAUGUGUUACAUGAAGAGUCACAUUCCAGAUUUGAACCUGUGUUUUAGAGUGAAGAAAAUUAUAAAUGGUAGACUUUUUCAUGGUGGAGUAUAAAGGUUUUUAUUUUAGUAUGUAAAUGAAAUGUCAGGAAAAUGGGACAUAUUCUGCAGGUUAAGGGGUAUUUAGGGUGACUUUUCUGAACAACACUGAAUAGCAUUUUGUUUUUAUUAAUUUUUUUUUUUAUCC